AUGGCUGCCACUUUCACGGCUGAGGAGCUGCGCGCUGACUUCGAGGGCCUGCCGUCUUCAGCAUUCAACGGCGCCGACGAGAGUGGCCGUCUGCAGUGGAUGGAGACUGUGCUGGCGGCCGAGAAGGAUCCGCGCAGCAAGCACGACAUCCGCUUCUACACGGGCGUCGGCCGCUUUCUGGCGGAGACGGUGUGCAGCACCCAGCCCGAGGGCAACCCCGAGAGUUGGAAGAGCUUCAAGCUGACCCCUGCCAUGGUCGUCUGCGCUUUGCGCGUCCAGGAGGCGUGCGCCACGCAGAGCGGCCAGGCAGGGCGGACGAGCGGGACUGCUGGGACCAACGACUCUGAUGAUGGUUUCAAGGACGCCGUCCGUGAGUUCGUAAAGGCCCAGGCUGAGCAGGCCAAAACCAACGUGAAGAAGGGCCUCAGUUUUAACCUCGCGGACCGCAAGGUUGAGGUCGGUUUGGCUACGUUCCCGGUGGAGGGACUCCCGAGCGAAGAAUUGCUUGCCAAGUGGGAAGCGUCCGGUAAAUCGGCUGCAGACCGCGGUAGGCUGUACGUCGGGAGCUUCGACGGAGACGACUACCAGGUUGCGCACCGCCCGUACUGGAGCCGUUCGCCCAAGAUCGACGCUGUCACUGGCCACGGUUCUCUGGAGGAGAGGCUGAAAGAAACGCUGGAUAUGAAGAAAGCCCGCUCCUACGACGACAGGGUGCAGUUCCCUGGUUUCGCCACGUUUUUGGGGCAUGUCCUCACAUGGGGGCUGAAACUUGUCCUCACGAAAACGUGCACCCAGACGCACCUCCUCUCCUACGUGUUCCUGCUUACCAGGGUCGCCGAGGAGCAUGGUGGCGCGUUCACGGCCUACCACUACGACCUGCUUGUCAGGAAAGCCAUGGCGCAGAAACUAGAGCACGAGGAGGGAGACGUCUUGCACUUCCUUUUGAAACUGAACAUGGAUUUGGUCGGUGAGGCCAAGGCCAAAGCCUCGGCGGGAUCAGCCAAAGCUGCUAAGUUUGUUCAUUCCAAGGCGAGUGCUUCUGGGUCGUCGCAGACCGCCCCCAAGGGUGGCGGCAAAGGCAAUGGCAAGCAGGGCGGCAAGGCCGGUGGCAAAGGUGGCGGCGGGACCAAGAGCCCUGCCCCCAGCACGCCUCCGCGGAUGAGGUCCCGGAGCCGCCCGAAGGCGGACCAGAAAAGCAGCUGGGACAAGAGCGGCGGCUGGUAUGGCAAGAAAUAG